GCCGUACAACUGCAGCUCGGUUGCAGCAGGACCGAGCCGUCCGCGCAUGCGCACGACCGACCACCUCUGUCUGGGGGUGGGGUAGGGGGUUCCGAGCCGUGCCUCGUCUCAGUGCGUCGUUAGACGGCAAGCGGGCUGGACGUGCCGACGACUCCGGCCUGCUCACAGUCCCCGCUGGACGCUCCUCCUCGGCGGAUAAGCUGUCGACUCCCGCGCGUGGCCGUCAAUCCUGGAACGGGAAGGGCGGAAGGGAAGCUGUCUGCAGCCCGCGACGCUUCAAAGGGGGCGGCCGCGACCGAGUGCCAUGUUUACCGACGCCCAGCCGGAAACUCGCUGAUCCGGCCGCUUCUCGCCGCCAACUCGGAUGGCCGUACUUGGAGGGCUCCACUAUUAAGAUGCGGCGGCCGCAGUGAUGCGAUGGUGUCCCCGGCGCGCGGCCUCUGGUCCUGGGUUCGCGCCCGGCUGCAGCCCCGCGCCGUGGCCUCCCCACACAGGCGUCGGCCGCGACUGGUGCCGGCCCGUCUGCUGGCGGGCACGCGCCUGCUGCUGGUGGUCUGCUCGCUGAGCCUGCUGUCGCUGCUGCUGCUGGGCCGCUGCAACCUCGACCUGCAGCAGGAGGCGGCGCUGCCGGACCCCUCCACAGGAUCGUCCGCCUCGCAGCAGCAGCAGCAGCAGCUGAGCCUGCAGGAGGAGACGCGGGCCGAGGUGGAGCGGCUCACGGCGCAGAUCCGAGACCUGCGGCGCCGCCUGCUCGCCCUCACCGGUAACGCAGCGCCAGCGGCUGCCACCCCCAGCAACUCGUCCGGCCGGCCGACGGCCGCGUCGCCGCGCUCUGCAGAGGCCGUCCUCGGCCUCCAGACGCUGCCUGCAGCUCCAGCGGACGGCCUGUCCGGGGAGGAGUGCGCGCGCCACGUGCGCCAGCGGCUGGCGGCGGCCGAGCUGCUGGACAGGGGGCGCCCGCUGGCCAGCGAGUUCGAGCUGGUCGCCUUCUCGCACUUCACGCUGAGCCGCGUCUACCCCGUCGAGCUGGCGCUCGGAAAGCGCGUCGUCGAGAAACCCAUCGGCUUCCGCCGCAGGGACCUGCUCGAGGCGCUCAACAAGGCGCUGGAGACGCUCAACAGCAGCAGCUCGGGCGCCGGCCGGCACUACUCGCUGGAGGACUUCUCGGAGGGCGUGUACCGCACGGAGCCGACCACGGGCACGCAGUACGAGCUGUACUUCCGCGCGGGGCGGCCGGGCGCGGCCCGCGUGUCGCUGGCGCGGCCGUUCGCGCCCCUGCAGGCGCUCGCCGUGGAGCCGGUGCCGGCGGCGGGCCGCGACAAGCCGCUGGUGCACGUGCUGCUGCCGCUGGCCGGCCGCACCGCCGCCUUCCGCGCCUUCAUCGACAAGUUCGUCCGCAUCGCGCUCCGCAACGACCGCAGGGUGCAGCUGACGGUGGUGUACUUCGGGGAGGAGGGCCUGGCGGAGGCGCGCGCCGCCAUGUCCCGCGCGCUCUCGCUGUCGCUGGCGGCGCGCUCGCCCUCCGCCUCCGCCUCCGGCGGCACCGGCGCGCCGCCGCCGCCCCCGCACCGCCGCCCCCAGCACGGCGAGGAGCCGCUGCGGCUGCUGGCGCUCAACGAGUCCUUCUCCCGCGGCCGCGGCCUGCGCGUGGCGGCCGAGCGAGCCGCCCCCGGGCGCCGCGACGCGCUGCUCUUCAUGUGCGACGUCGACGUCGUCUUCAGCGCCAGGUUCCUCGACCGCUGCCGCUGGAACGCCCGCCCGGGGAAGAAGGUGUACUACCCGAUCGUGUUCAGCCUGUACAACCCGCACGUGGUGUACACCCUGCAGGGCCGGCCGCUGCCCCCGGAGGCGGAGCAGCUCGUCAUCUCCCGAGACACCGGCUUCUGGCGCGACUUCGGCUUCGGCAUGACUUGCCAAUACAGGUCUGACUUCCUGAAGGUGGGCGGCUUCUCGGAGGACGUGGUGGGCUGGGGCGGCGAAGACGUCUCUCUGUAUCGCAAGUACGUCCGCUCCAGCCUCAAGGUGGUGCGCGCGACCGACCCCGGCAUCUUCCACCUCUGGCACCCCAAGGAGUGCGGCCGGCGGCUGCCCACGGACCAGUACCGCGCCUGCCUGCGCUCGAGGGCCCUCAGCGAGGCGUCGCACGCCCAGCUCGGCUUCCUCGCCUUCCGGGACGAGCUGACCCCUGCCCUCGGCGGAGUCGGCAACGUCAGCAGCGGCAACCACAACGGGCAGCCCGCCAGGAGGGCGUGACGUCAGCACAGGCGCUCAGCGGGCCCAGCCGGGGCGGGUGCGGGCCAGCCCAGCUGUAAGAGUGGUGGGGCGUGGAGGCGAGCGUGAGGAAGGUCAGGCAGUGGCUCUGGGGAAAGCUUGAGGACAAACGAGUGUGCACUGGGCCAAAGACCACUCAAAGGAACCGACCAACUCAUUGUGAUACUCAUUCGGACGAUUCUAUGGCCAAUUUCAUCUUGAAAUCCCCCUGAGCAUUACACCUUGUUGCACUAUAAAAUAACAUAAAAAUAUGGAAGAGUGGUUUGUACAUCUUCUAUGUCAUCUCCACUGCAUCUAGAGUGCAGUUUCCUGAACAAUUAAUGAUAUCUCAGCCCAGUUCUCACAUGGCAAUCAGUUGGAGUGUGUAUCAAGUCAAAGAAGAUAAAUAGGCUGAUUUAGUUCUACCAGACAAAUGUCAGGGAUUGGCACAUGACAAAGAAAAAGCUGAGUGUUGACAUUCAAAAAAUGAUGAUGCAUUCCUGCCUGCUUACACUUUUUUCUGCUAAUAUGACGGACGUUUAUCGUUUCAAGAUAAUAUUUAUCUAAAACUUAUAUUUGCCUAUACAACAGAGAUUGCUGAGAUGAUUCAUCAAACCUUCCAUAUUGGUUUUGGCUGUGUUUCCUAUAACAGGCAUUAUGGGUAACAUUAAGGCAAAAUGUCUGGUAUCUUAUCACAAAACACCAUUCCUUUCUCUUGUUACUGUACCAAUUUGACAUGAGAACGUGAGAACUACUAAUGUAGUUCCAGAAGGACUCAGGCCAUGGCAUUAUCAGUUGAUGAGAGGGAACAAGUAUAGUAUGUAGUAUGACGACAGCAAGAAAGAGACGAAACUGGCAGCUUCAUUAUUAUGCACCUGUCUCUGGUUACGACAAAUCUCUUACCUGCUGCAGUACAUGCACAUUAUUCCCAUACAAAUGGUUGGCUUGAACAGCAGCAGUGCGUUGAAAUCUAAGUAUCCGUUUAGGAGCACAACUUAUUCUCUUAAGGUACUACACACAUAUACGUGACUCACAUGGUCCUUUUUACAAUAAAGAGUAUAGCAAAUGUUUCACAUUGUGUUGUAACAAAAAUACAAUAAAGAGUGUGAACUACAGAUCGCUUCUAUGAAGCACCUACAGUCACAAGACCUGUUGAAGAAACGACAACAUGUAAGGAUAUUAUGUACAUGGAAAAAGUUGCCAAAUGAAUAACAUUUCUCUGGCAAAGAUAACAGUAUAUGUAUACCAGUGCUAUUCUCCCAUAUUAAAAUAGUGGAUCACUGAGCUAAUAAGUAAUAAUAUGGAGAGGGCGAGGGGAGCAAGAAGAGACAAUGAAACAGAAAACAAAUUUUAGGUUAAAGGACUGAAUAAUUUCUUGAUUUAAUCAAUAGUAGUUAAAAUUUAUCUACUUCUUAAUGCUUGUCCAAUCCUCAGUAGGACCGACUUACCCAGACGUGGCAUAUUUAGCAACUUAUUGUCCUUUCUCUUUUGUCACAAGUUUCCAUAAUUUUCCGUUAUUUACCUCCUGCCUAAAUUGGUAGAAAUGUUGCACCAGUGAGUCACUAACCUCCAUGCUAUACAGCAUGCUCUAAUCCUGUAAUUUAUUCCAGUGGCUGAAUCAUACUGCAUGAGGUCAAUUGCAAAAUCGCCUAUAGAGUCCACUAAUUGUUCUGUGUUAUCUGUGAAUACAAGUAGAGUUCACAGUAAAGAAAGAACAGAAAGAACAAUUCUGUGGUUUAAGUAAAGAAUAGGAAUUCCACACUUGCACAAGCUCUACAUAGCUUCACUACAUCCUUCGUUCUCACUCUUCUCCACAUUUCAGAAGUUCCCUUUUGAGGUAUAUGCUAGAGAAAUUUGCAGUAGUCUCGUUAUUUUUUUUCUUAUCGUAUGUAGAAACAGCUAUUCCCAACGUAGAGUCAUUUCUCUUCCAACGUUAGUUAUACCAUUUUCGAAAAUUUCUCGAGAUUAAACGUACCACUGAAAUCAAUUUUCUACAGUACCACAAACAUAUAAUUAGCUCCAACGGUCCAAAACUUACACCAUCAUCGUUUCAUGUGCGUUCAUUGCCAAUUCAGGUGUUAUUCUUCAUCAAAAUCAAGUAUUUUAUUCACUGUAACAUUUUAUGGAACAAUUUAGCUCUAAAUCUACAAGAUUAACUAUGUUGUUCCAACUGUAGCUCUUUCAACUGUAGCUCUUACUGGUUUCUCUUUCUCUUUCUGUCCGUGUCUUCUUUGCUUUUUGUUUUAAUGUUACGCGUUUUCUUCUUUCUUUCGGUCGAUUUAGACGUUUACCCUUAUGGAACUAAUAUUAAUCUUUCCGCUAAAUGUGUGUUGGCUCUUCUUACAAGCAAAAGUAUAGCUCUCACAGAUCAAGUUCGUUUUUGUUGUGUGAAGGAUAUUACCGAAUAAACUUUCCCUGGAUCUGUGGGAUUUACAAAGAAUUGGUGUGCAAUAUCUGGACAUAAUUCUAUCAUUAAUGUAAGAUGAACAAGAAAAUGACUAUGUACAGGGACAGUGUUAAAAGACAAUUUACUAUCGAAUUGCUAUGAUAUAUAUCACUGAGGAACAUUACAAUAUAAUGCUCACACAACAGUUAUAUGCUAGUGAAAUUAUUAUGUCAACUACAUCUAUUUUCAUAACACAACAAUCUGUGAAGCACACAAAUUUUUUUCUCUGCAACAAUCCCUUCGACAUUAUAAGAAGCAAAUAGUAAGGUUAGUGACAGGUACCACUGUAAUUUUGGAAUGUGUAGACCACCAGCAAACCACAAAUGAAUAUGAUUUGUCAUAUUUGGGAAGACUAUGCGACUCACAAUAAAUCACAUAUGUAUGAAGUAGUGGACAAUCAUGUAAUAUUUACAGCCGUGAUGUACAAACUCCCAAAACUGUUUGCAAUCAUCAGUGUCACAUGGACAAUAAUUAGGAUGAUGAUCAGGUCUAUGACACAUUGAAAUUUUCUGGUUGAUGGUUUUUGAAGAGAAUAGUCAACAGACAGAGGUAGGAGGUUAGAUGCAGCCAAAGGUUUUGUAACUCUACAAAAAUGUGCAUUAAAUGUUGAUGAUUGUAAUAUUUUAGUAAUAAAAUUGUUAGCUCUGAGUCUAAUAAAA